GCCGUCAAUAUCUGGUGCUUCCUUGUGUGGUUAUUUGAUGGCAGCUAUGGCACCUCCACCAGCAGAGGUGGAAGAAGUUCCACGCUUGCCUAUGCCCUCACGGAAUCCUCUCCCACUUUCCGCUGCACAAGAAGCUCAAGUUCGAGAGAUGUAUCAUUCACGAGUGAGAAGUUACUGUGCUGCUGAGAUAAAACAAUUCGCAGACUGCGCCCUGGGACGAACCUUCACCGCACCCUUCAAAUGCCGGCAACAGAAUCGCGCCAUGAACAAUUGUAUGAUUACCCACGCUACACAAACCGAACAAGAUGCAGCGAGAGAAGAGUGGUUCGCGACGAGGUUAAAGAGACAGAGGGAGCGGGAAGCGAAAGAGGCGAGGAGGAUAGAGCAGGAGAGGUUCCAUAAGGAAUGGUGGGGGUUGCCAAUUGAGGAUCGAGAAGGUGAUAAGGGGAGGGAUAUUAUGAAGAAAGCUGAGAGAGUGGGCGGGUUUCCGAAGAGGGAUGAGGGCCAGCUGAGUAAGGAUCGACAUAGAUGAUAUUCGUGGACCUUGGGAUGGGCAUCGCUGGGAGUUUGGGCAUUUGCAUGGUGUUCGGGAGACACUUGGGAAGUGUGUUUGUAAGUUAGGGUGUAUGAGACUUGUGGAAUCGCCUUUCUGGUCAGAGAUGGCAUUCGUCCUCUAUCCAUCCUCAAUACUUACAAGAGCUUAGUGCCGGCUGCGUCUUGGCAAUCCUUGAGGCCCGAGAUUGAGACCAAAUACUGUCAAGGCCUCCC